AUGGCACACAACGGCACAACCUUUACACUCAACACGGGCGCAAAGAUUCCUGCCAUUGGAUUCGGAACAUGGCAGGACAAGGACGCUCAGGAGCCAGCAGUCACCAUAGCCCUCAAAUCCGGCUACCGCCAUAUCGACACAGCACGCAUCUACGGCACCGAACCCGCCGUAGGCGCCGCCAUCAAGAAAUCCGGCGUCCCCCGUUCCGACCUCUUCAUCACCAGCAAACUCUGGAACAACUCGCACCACCCGGACGAUGUAGAAGCCGCCCUCGAUGCCUCGCUCAAAGACCUCGGAACCGACUACCUCGAUCUCUACCUCAUGCACUGGCCCUCACCUUUCGCCCGCAGUUCAGAAAUGUUCCCAAAGGACUCUUCAGGCAAGACCAAAACCGGCGACACAGACUUUGUCGACACAUACAAGGCCAUGGAAAAGUGUUUCAAAAGCGGCAAAGCCCGCGCAAUCGGCGUCUCCAACUUUAGCAGAGCUGAACUCGAGCGGUUGGUCAAGGAAACCAGCGUUGUACCCGCUGUCCACCAGAUAGAAUGCCAUCCUUACCUCCAACAAGCCGCCUUCUCACACUACCACAAGGAACAGGGCAUCCACGUAACACAGUACUCUCCGUUUGGAAACCAAAAUGAAAUCUAUGAUUCCGGGAAAAACAUGAAUAAACUCAUGGACGACCCUGUGCUCGUAGAGAUAGGUAAGAAGCAUGGAAAGACUGGGGCGCAGGUAGCGCUAGCUUGGGGUAUUAGUAUGGGUCAUUCUGUUAUUCCGAAAAGUAAGACGGAGUCGAGGAUCAAAGCCAAUUUGGAAGGCGACUUUGAGUUGCCCAAGGAGGAUGUGGACAAGAUUGCGAAGAUUGAUAAGAAGAUGCGCUUCAACGACCCGAGUGCCAACUUUGGGUGGAACUUUUACUCGGAUUUGGAUGGAAAGAAAAACUAG